AUGGCGACACAGGCGACACACCACACCACCCUCGAGGAGGUCAACAACGAGCUCACGCUCGUGCGCACCCUCACCCCACUACAGCGCACGGCCGACGACGACGAGCUGAUCGACACGCUCGAAGCCAAGAAGCGCGAGCUGCAGGCCGGUGCUGCGGCCGACACGACUGGGCGGGCCCCACCAGCGCCAGUGGCUACGCCCGCAGCGCCGGCGAUGGAUCCGCCCCCCGAUGGCGGACUCACCGCGUGGCUCGUCGUCGCGGGCGGCUUUCUCCUCAUGUUCACCGUGUUCGGGUUCGUCACCGGCCAGGGCCAGCUGCAGGCAUACUACCUCAAGAACCAGCUCAAGCACUACCCCCGCUCGUCGGUCGCGUGGAUCGCCUCGACGCAGAUGGCGCUCGUAUUCAUGACUGCUUUGCUCUUCGGUCGAUACUUUGACCGCCACGGAGCGCUGCAUCUGGUUCUGGGUGGCGUCGGGCUCAUGUUCGGCUCGCUUAUCGCCCUCGCCUCCCCUCUGUGCACCGCUGAGCCCCUCCGCGCAGUCUCGAAGGAGUUCUACCAGAUCCUCCUCUCGCACAUCGCCUUCGGCCUCGGCGGAGGCUUUAUCUACUCGCCCGCGACCGGCAUCGCAGGUCACUGGUUUGUCAAGAAGCGUCCUCUCGCCAUCAGCCUGAUUGUCGGCGGCGGCGGCUUCGGCGGCAUCGUGUACCCCAUCAUGAUCCGCGAGCUCACGAACCGCUUCAAGUUCCGGGACGCGAUCCUGAUUGUCGCCGGCAUCAACUUUGUGCUCCAGGCUCCCGCCAUCUUCUGGAUGAAGACGCGCCUGCCCCCGCGCACGCCGCCGCCGCUCAAGAUGCUGCUCGAGCCGUGGAAGGAGAAGCGCUACGUCUUCAUGGUGCUCGGCGCGACUGGCGUCGCGAUCAACCUCUUCACGCCGUACUUCAACGCGCCGGUCUACGCCGCCAGCCACACCAAGAACAAGACAAUUAACGAGUACUCGGUCGCUUUCCUCCAAGUCGGGUCGUGUGUCGGCCGCCUGGUCGGCGGUCCGAUCGCGCUCAAGUACGGUAUCUGGAACACGUACGGCACGUUCGGCUUCCUCAUGAGCUUCACCAUCAUCGCCAUGUGGACUGGCGCGCCGGUUGGUUCGGCAGGCGCCGUCAUCGGCCUCUGGCUGUUCGGCUUCACCUCCGGCGCGACGAUCACGCUCACGUCCGCGUCGAUGGCGAGCAUCUCCCCCAUCCAGCAGAUCGGCAUGCGCUUCGCCAUGCUCUGGACCGGUGUUGGCCUCGGUGUUCUCAUUGGCCCUCCUAUCGCCGGCAAGCUCAUCACCAUCGCCAACGGCGACUUCAAGUGGGCGGGUGUCUUCUGCGGUGUCACCAUGUUCGUCUUUGGCUGGCUCAACGUGACCCCCGGUAUCCAGAACAGGCUGAGGGCUCGGCGAGAGCGGCUGGCGGACGCCGAGAAGGGCAGCGGCGCGUCAGUCGACACUGCGGUCGGUGUCGAGACCAAGUAG